ACCUAGAGACCAGAACGAGCAAAUGGGUUUCUUCUCUUUUCUUGGAAGAGUUCUCUUCGCUUCUUUAUUCAUCCUCUCCGCUUGGCAAAUGUUCAAUGACUUUGGAACUGACGGUGGUCCAGCAGCUACAGAGUUAGCUCCAAAGCUUGAUCUGACCAAAGCACAUCUCUCUUCCAUAUUUGGAGUAGCAUUGCCCAACUUAGAGGUGAAACAAGUCGUCUGGACUAUUAUUGCUCUGAAAGGACUCGGAGGCUUACUCUUUGUUAUCGGCAACAUCUUUGGUGCCUAUCUUCUGGCUGUCUACUUGGUGGUUGUCAGUCCCAUUUUAUAUGAUUUCUACAACUACGGACCCGAGGACCGCCAAUUCUCUCUUCUAUUGACUGAAUUCUUACAGAGCGUUGCACUUCUCGGGGCUUUGCUAUUUUUUAUCGGAAUGAAGAAUUCGACGACGACUUCCAAGAGGAUUCUGAAGAAGAGGACUCCCAAGCCUAAAGCUGCUUAGAGUUCUUCUAAUUUCUUCCACACACAAAGUCAGGCUUUAGAAGAGCUUCUGAUGUCACCAAGCACUACCUUUAUUUUUCUUCCUCACAACUUUUGGUUCCUUAUCUAUUGUAGGAUUCUAGAAUUAGCCACAUUUUGUAUUUUAU